UGGACAAUAUCAGCAGACUGAUGUUCGCAGUUGUCAUGGCAAUGGCACACAUGGCGAUGGGAGCCGAGGCACAGAACACCACAAUGGCUCCGAACUCCAAUGCUACUAUGUCCAACGUAACAAUGGCACCCAACGUAACAAUGACACCCAACGUAACAACGGCACCUGUCACAGCUCUCACGGUAAAUAUCUCAAUGGCGGAAUGUAAAAAGUCCCAGCUCUGUGCUGCUAAGCCGCCAGACUGUGAUCCGGCCGUGGCUGGGUCCUGUUUCUUCGUCUCCAUCAAGAAGUCCUUGGGACAGAUUUUCUUCUUCCAGCUACGAGGAGUGUCCAGUGGCUACAUCGCAGUAGGCUUGUCCAAAACUUCCACACAGGGUCAGAACGACACUACUUAUGUGUGCGCAAACAGCAACAGAAAAGUAAAGUUCUUCACCGCUCUCCUCGACAAAGGAGUUCUGACCAUCAACAACAAGCUGCAUGUGGAGUCUGUGAAUGGCUCAGUCAACAAUCAGAUCAUCCAGUGCACCUUCUCUGCUACUGUCCCCAACGCUACGGCCACCCGGAGCAUCGACACCAGCUUCUACCUCUCCAUCUCCAACGGGACUUUUAAUAGUGUAACAGAUACCCUAGGUUCUCCUCAGGCUAUUCUGAACAGUGAUAAAGCUGUGGACCUGGCCGACCCCAACACUACUGUGUUAAACUCUUUAAACUCUGCUCCCUCCGCCUUCUGCCUGUCUCAAGCUCUUCUGAUCCUGAUAGGUGUACUAGGUAUGAUGAUGCUGUAAUGCAGGUCUGAAGGAGAAGCACCAUGCAGUCAGGAAUUCUGUCUCCUUCUCUUUACUCAACUUGGCCAGGCUGUGUCCCUAAAUGACACCCUCUCCUUAAAUAGGGGUCUAUUUUCACUAUGUAGGGAAUAGGGUGCCAUUUUGGAGUCACUCUGGUACCUGAACAAAGGACUAUGUCAGAUCUGAAGUUAUAUGCACAUAGAUCCAAUCAUGUUUUUCCACAUACUUAAUGAAACCCCUUCUAGUUGAGGGUAGUAACACAUUAACCAACAGAAUGGACCCAGUGAUACAAGUGAUACAAGGCCAAGUACUAACAUAUUGUGUUGAUAGACAAUGAUGAUACAAGGCCAAGUACUAACAUAUUGUGUUGAUAGACAAUGAUGAUACAAGGCCAAGUACUAACAUAUUGUGUUGAUAGACAAUGGUGAUACAAGGCCAAGUACUAACAUAUUGUGUUGAUAGACAAUGAUGAUACAAGGCCAAGUACUAACAUAUUGUGUUGAUAGACAAUAGUGAUACGAGGCCAAGUACUAACAUAUUGUGUUGAAAGUACUAACAUAUUGUCUUGAUAGACAAUGGUGAUACAAGGCCAAGUACUAACAUAUUGUCUUGAUAGACAAUGGUGAUACAAGGCCAAGUACUAACAUAUUGUCUUGAUAGACAAUGGUGAUACAAGGCCAAGUACUAACAUAUUGUCUUGAUAGACAAUGGUGAUACAAGGCCAAGCACUAACAUAUUGUGUUGAUAGACAAUGGCUUAGAAAUAUAUAUAAAAACAUUCAACCUCAUAUUCAUCAUCUCCAGCAUCAGUCCAACAUCACCACUUACCUUCUAUCUGAAAACAACACAUCCUCCAUAUUCGUAUACCACCAUGUCAUCCCCUUUAUGUAACACAUGUAUUUGUGCAAAUGUUUAUGCUAUUUUAUCUCACGUUAUGAAGGAAGAUUUAUGUUUGUCUGUGUUUCUUGGUGGAUGUUUGUGAGUGUGAGUGUAUGUGUAUAAAUGUUUGUGUUCGCACACUUACCCCCCACUGGGCAUAGACGUCAAUUCCACUUUGGUUCAACAUAAUUUCAUUGAAAUGACGUGGGAACGUUGAUUCAACCAAUGUGUGCCCAGUGGGCCAUAGAUGAAGUCACAAGGGCUACGUUUAGACAGGCAGACUAUUUCUGAUCUCUUUUUAUCUGAUCUUUUUUCAGAUCUUAUCUGAUUGGUCAAAAGACAAAUGAGUGGAAAAUAACCACAGAAUUGUGCUGCCUGUCUAAACGCAGCAAAGGUGGCAGAAAUGGGAAUUUAUGGGUUAAUACUGUGUGUGUGUGAAGGCGUGCAUAAUGAUGAAGCCACUGGAUGGUGAACCUUCCUGAUUACCUUUUUAAAGCAUGUACAAUCAUGGAAAUAUUUUAUCAGACCAUUUUUAAAAUAAAAACUGUUAUUUACAAUAAAUGUAUGUUUGACUAUC